AGAAAAGGGGUGGAUGUCACCCGACCCGACCAGUAGACUUCAGUGAAAGUGGAAGAGAGUAGAUCAGGAAAAAUAAAGAAUAUCGACGAAAAGAAAGAUUGCAACGAACUGUAGCCAACUGCAAAUGAUAUAAGGUUAAAAUAAAAGUUUGACAUAUCGGAAAAUCAUCUUGGAUAAAGACAACAUUUGUUUGAACACAAAGUUUAUGCCAAGACGCAAUGCAUUGUGUUCAGUGACAGUUUUACGACGGGAAUAGAGAUAGUAACGUGAAAGCAAUGGAGAAUGGGAAGAACCGCCUGCAGCAGGCCCAGGAGGAGGUGGAAGAGGUGAAGGUGAUCAUGCUAGAUAAUCUCAACAAGGCUGACGAGAGGUCAGGCAAGCUGGGAGAACUGGAGAACAGGGCCGAUGAACUUCUGGAGAAGAGUAAGGCUUUCUCAAAGUCUGCUGGAAGAGUUAAACAACAGAAGUGGUGGGAACACAUGAAAAUGAAAGUGUUGCUGUCCGGUAUAGGGGUUGUCGUGGCAGCCAUCAUCAUUGGGAUUGUUGUAUGGACAGCGUUUGGACCUGACGACCGCAGCUCAAACAGCUCCACUGCUGUAGAGCAGCCCACCUCAGGGCCUUAGGAUCAUAGACUGUCUGUCAGAGCAAAGGACAUGGAGGAAAUGAAGAUGGAAGAUGGAGAUGGAGACAGGGGCAAUCGAGGCCUCCCCGGAAAUAAGGAGUCAAUCAGACAAGAAUAGUGCAUGUAGAUGAAUAUAUAGAUUUAUUAACCUGGUCCCAGAUUUGGGACCAAACAUUUGGCAUGACAUUGAGCGACAAGCAGUUGGUAUGAUGAUAGCACAAACAUGCUUUCCACCUGAGCUCAAUAUAAGUUUUGUGGGUUGACUUUUCGUAACUUUUUAAUUUGUGAUAUUGUUUAUUUUUAGAAGCAUUUUAGGCUCCGUGCUCAGUGUGUAGAUCGUUGAAUGAAAUGGUACCAUCACUAGCUCAGCUGCUUCCCAAUUCAGUAUCGUCUUCAACUGUCCGUAGUUGGUCAGGCUCACUAGUUUAACAUUCAUACUCAGAAAGGCUUCAGCCUUACCAUAGGAUUUGGUAUAUGUGCAUGUUUGGUCAGUUCAAAUAAAAAAUAUUGUGCCUUUGGUAUGUUAAAAAGCAAAAAUCACCAUUGGAUGAAUUGUGUAUCCUUUCUUUCAGUAUUCCAUGUAAGCUGAAAAAUUAUAAUUGUCAUGACAUUUUAUGAGUAAGUCAUUUCAUGUCAUUCUUCCUUUUUUUCUGGUCAAAAGAAACAUAAGAAAAGGAAAAAAAAAAUAAACUUAAUUGUAUUUGUAUACAAAACACUUAUGUUUGAGGAAAGUUUGUUUCUGUGGGCAAUGCAGUGUGAGUGCCUCUGUUACAUGUGUCAUUCAUUAGCCUACAGGUAAGCAAUGUGUACAGUAUCAAAAACCGCUGCAGAGAAAUUGCAUCAUCUCUUCACUUAUCUUCUUAACAUAUGAGUUUGUCAUUUUGGUGUCCUCUCUAUUUGUAACCUCAUCCUCAUGCUCAAUUGUUAGCCGGCGGGUGGAUGAGAUUACCCUAUUUGUUACUGAUUUUCCUUUCCCAAUUGUUUUUUUACCCAUGAGCUAUUACCAUCUCAAAUACAUGUAAAACUGUAGUGCACAAUUUGUAAAAUAAAAAAUAAGUUGAUAAGUUA